UGGCUAUCUGGCAACGUUAUGCAGUCGGAGGCACUGCCAGGGAGUUGCCACUUCGGUAAAAUGGUACAGAACUAGUUCAGCAAAACAUUGCUUAUUGCUGGAACCAAAACAAUUCCGCCACGGCUUAUAACAAAUAUGUCAAAAAGCACAAAGAAAUGUAAUAAAAGUGCCAGUAAGGAUUCUGACAGCGAAGAAGGUUCUAACAGUGGCAAGAAUAACACCUCCACAAGUUCCAGUGACUUUGAAACUAGCAGAAAACACAAAUUACGUCGCAGAUCAACUCAAAAUGUUUCAUAUCAUUAUAAAGCGCUGCCCAUGCGCGUAGUUGGCGAAAAUGCUGUUACACUGGCACAAACUCCCAGCUCCUCUCGCGAUAUAACUCUAAGCUCAGCUCAAAUAAUUGAAGACAGUUCCGAUUCGGAGUUUCACAUUUCGAACGAUACCAGCAGCGAUGAGCCGGCCAACAAAUCCUUAACAUUUACGGCUCGUCCAAUUGAGAAAUAUGAUUUGGAAUAUAUAAGAAAAUUACGUAAGCGCAGAAAGAAGCCGAGUAAAACAUUAUAUAUUGAUUAAAUUUCAAAUAUCAACUGUUGACCAG